AUGUAUUGGACUUUGCACACUCAUGGUGGGCCUCGGAGGGUGAAUCACGCAGCAGCCCUGGUUGGUGACAAAAUAUACUCUUUUGGGGGUUAUAGUUCAUUGGAAGAAUACCGACUCUGGGAGCCAAUAUCAGUACAUGUUUUAGACACAACGGUAUACAAAUGGGCUCCUGUAGAAUAUAGCAACUUGAUAGGAGCACCAUUCCAGAGGUAUGGGCACACUUGUGUCACAUAUGGAGACAAGAUUUAUCUAUGGGGUGGACGUAAUUAUACUGUACCUUGUGACAUAGUCUAUUGUUUUGAUACUGAGGAACUUAAGUGGAGCACUCCCUUGGUAUCAGGCAGAAUACCUAAUGGAAAAGAUGGUCAUUCAGCGUGUAUUGUCAACAAUAAAAUGUAUAUAUUUGGAGGAUUUGACUACAUUACUGAUGAAUAUACAAACAACUUGCACUAUUUAAAUCUACAAACUAUGGAAUGGUGUUAUGUAUGUGCUAAAGGGAGUCCUCCAGUAGGGAGGGACUUUCAUACAGCAUUGGCAUAUGGGGAUCGAAUGUACAUUUUUGGAGGUAGAUCAGAGUUAAGUAGGCCACAUAGUAAUGAUCAAGAGUAUUACUGUGAUUUAGUCUAUUAUUUUGAUACUGUAACAGAAACAUGGGUAAAAGUUAAGGCAAAAGGAGUGAAACCAGAUGGAAGACGGAGUCAUUCAAGUUGGAUACAUAAUGAUUUUAUGUACAUUUUUGGUGGGUAUAAUGACAGAAAAAAGACACAUUACAAUGACAUACAUCGAUAUUCAUUGUUAAGUAAUCAUUGGGAAUUUAUUAAUGUUUAUGGCACACCACCCUGUAAAAGAAGACGACAGGUGUGUAUUCUGUAUAACGACAAAUAUAGUGACAAAGUAUACCUAUUUGGAGGAACGAGUCCAACAGACAAUGUGCCUGUAGAAACAAAAGAUGAUGAAAGUGAGGAUGAGGAACGAGUUUUGGAUAAGGAUGAUCUACAUUUGUUAGAAUACUUACCAUCCCUCAAAGUACUUUGUAUUAUGUACAUAACCAAAAAUAAAAUGAAUACUGCGGAGCUUCCAAAUGAUUUAUUAGUCGAUAUUCAAAUAAUGACACAGCCCAACAAAAUAAGCAGUCCUAUUGAAGAAAUGUUAUAA